AUGGCAAGAGCUCGUUUUGUGGCACUCGCUCUCAUCACCAGCUUCCUCUCCGUCGCUGCCGGCCAGCUCCGGCCAUUGCCCGCCGCCGGCCUCCCCGGCGACAUUUUCAACCUGGGCAUCGCGUCGAGGCUCCGCACCGACCGCAACACGACGGCGAAGGCGUCGACGGACUUCGGCCGGAUGGUCAGGGCCGCGCCGGAGGCCGUGUUCCAUCCACGCACGCCCGCCGACAUCGCCGAGCUCAUCCGGUUCUCCGCCUCCUCGCCGGCGCCGUUCCCCGUGGCGCCUCGCGGGCAGGGCCACUCCUGGCGCGGCCAGUCGCUCGCCCCCGGCGGCGUCGUCGUGGACAUGCGCUCGAUGGGGCGCGGCCACCGCGCCGCCCGCAUCAACGUGUCCGCGGCGGCCGGCGCGGAGCCGUACGUCGACGCCGGCGGCGAGCAGCUGUGGGUCGACGUGCUCAGCGCGGCGCUGCGGCACGGCCUCGCGCCGCGCGUGUGGACGGACUACCUCCGGCUCACCGUCGGCGGCACGCUCUCCAACGCGGGCAUCGGCGGGCAGGCGUUCCGGCACGGCCCGCAGAUCGCCAACGCGCACGAACUCGACGUGAUCACAGGAACGGGGGAGAUGGUGACGUGCUCCCGGGACAAGAACUCGGACCUGUUCUUUGCGGCCUUGGGUGGGUUGGGGCAGUUCGGGGUCAUCACCCGGGCGCGGAUUCGGCUUGAGCCGGCUCCAAAGCGGGUGCGCUGGGUCCGGCUUGCCUACUCGGACAUAGCCAUGUUCACCAAGGAUCAGGAGUUUCUCAUAUCAAAUCAAGCCAGCGAGGCCGGGUUCAACUACGUUGAAGGCCAAGUCCAGCUCAACCGGUCCUUCAUUGAAGGUCCCAAGUCAACACCCUUCUUCUCCACCACCGAUCUCAGUAGGCUGGCUGGCCUCGCUUCGAGGACCGACUCCGCCGCAAUCUACUACAUCGAAGGCGCCAUGUACUACAACGAGGAUGCCACCAUAUCUGUGGAUCAGAAAAUGGAGGCGCUCUUGGAUCAGCUAAACUUCGAGCCAGGGUUUGUGUUCACCAAGGACGCGACGUAUGUGCAGUUCCUUGAUCGUGUGAGAGAGGAGGAGAGUGCGCUCCGGUCAGCCGGUGUGUGGGAAGUGCCGCAUCCAUGGCUAAACCUCUUCAUCCCCCGGUCUCGCAUACUUGACUUUGACGCUGGUGUAUUCAAAGGUCUCCUUAGGGACGCCAACCCGGCUGGGAUAAUCCUUAUGUACCCCAUGAACAAGGAUAGGUGGGAUGAUCGGAUGACGGCGAUGACCCCAACCGCCGAUGAGGAUGUUUUCUACGCCGUGAGUCUGCUUUGGUCGGCACUAUCAGCAGACGAUGUGGAGCAGCUGGAGAGAGCGAACAAGUCGGUGUUGGAUUUAUGCGCUAAGACAGGCAUGGAAUGCAAGCAGUACUUACCACACCACACAUCUCAAGAGGGGUGGCAACAACAUUUUGGGGCCAAGUGGGGCAAAGUUGCUGAGCUGAAGGCCAAGUAUGAUCCUCAGACGAUACUAUCACGAGGUCACAAGAUCUUCCCUUCACGAGCUGCGGCUGAUGGCGUUGCGACUGCCUAAUUGGACUUCGGCGUGUAGAGUGUAUGUGAUAGGUGUUUUGUAGCUAGGGAUCAAUUUGCACAUAAUUUUUGAGUUUGUUAAUUAGGAGGUAGUAAAAGCCAAACCAGCAUUUUUGCUGGAUAACUGGAAGGAGGGGCAAUUGUAGCUCGACUUGAU